AUGGACGUGGUGAGUCUACACAACAUUUUACUGCACACAUUUAGUAACGACGAUACGGCGCGUAAAGCUGCAGAGGAUGCUGUUGCAGGUUUACACACCGUCCCCGGCUCAGUGCAGCUCCUCAUUCAGAUCACUGUCGAGGUCAACGUAACACGCGAAAUCCGCCAAGCAGCCGCCGUAUCGCUUAAGAACUUAGUACAUAAGUAUUGGGAAGGCACUAGUGGCCCGGAAGGACAAUGGAAUCAAGUUAUUAGCCCCGCGGAUAAAGUACUAGGCCGUCAGAACGGCCUCGAGGCGCUUUUGGUGUCACAGGAUCUGAGUAUUCGGUUGUUAUUAGCCGAGACUGUCGCGCACAUUGCACGCUUUGAUUUUCCUGAGACGUGGCCAACACUUAUCGACGAUAUCUGCAAGAAUAUUCAAAGUGGUGAUGCCAGUCGUAUUAUUAACGCACUAUUGGCGCUACGGCGUGUAGUGAAGAAUUUUGAGUAUCGCUCGGAGGAUCGGCUAGCCCCACUCUUUAAGCUUGUGGAGGUCGUUUUCCCUAUGCUGCAGAAUAUGAUGAUACAGAUGCAGACCAACAAUUCAAUUGAAGCAGCACAAAUGAUGCACCUUAUUUUGAAGACAUAUUGGUCGUGUGUCAAGACAAACUUGCCUCCGCACAUUGCACAGACUGAGCAAGUUGUGGCCUGGAUGAAUAUCUUUCGCAUGGUGAUUGCCAAGCCACUACCUGAAGCUAGUGAGAAUGGUGAACCUGCUGGACAACCUACGGAUGAGGAAGAACGUGGUAAUUGGGCAUGGUGGAAACUGAAGAAGUGGGCGAUGCAGAUUCUCUGCCGGUUCUACACGCGCUAUGGCAACCCCAAAAAGGCUGAGGAAGAGUACCUGCAGAUGAGCACUAUGUUCCGCAACCAAAUUGCCCCAGAGAUCCUCCCGUGUGUGCUCGAGACCCUUGCGUUGCGCAAGAAUGGACGCUUCUGCACAGAUCGCGUGGUGCAAUUGGCUUUUGUGUUCCUACAGGAAGCAGUUGACUCGUCUGUCACGUACAAGCUGAUUAAGCCCCAUCUUGGCUUUUUGCUGUUUGAGGUUAUCCACCCAGUACUGUGUCUGACUCCGAAGGAUCUGCAGCUAUGGGCCGAAGACCCGCACGAAUUUGUACGCAAAACGAACGAUGUGUUCGAGGACUUUCUGGAUCCCGUGUACGCCGCGGCGAACCUGUUGGCCGACCUGUGCACAAAGCGUGGCAAGGAUUGUUUGCCGAACGUGCUGUCUUUUUACAACAAUACCCUGAACACGUACAUUGCUGCUCCGGAUGACAAGAAAGACUACAUUCAGAAGGAUGCAGCUCUGCACGCUAUAUUCUCACUGGACGGUGUGCUGACCAAGUCAAAGGCACACAAGGACCAGGUCGAGUCCAUGAUCAUUACGCACAUCCUGCCGGAGUUUAAGAACCCACACGGCUUCCUUCGCCUGCGUGCUUGUAAGAUCUUUUCGCGUAAGUACAUUGAAAGCAUCAAGUUUAAGGAUGAGCAGACAUUGAUCAGCAUCGUCAACGGAAUGCUAGACGCUAUGUUUGACCCGGAGCUACCCGUACGUAUCGAGGCCGCCAAGACGAUUCGUUUUGUUGUGAUGUAUCCGCAUUCGAACACCGUUGUAGAGGUGCUUCGUCCGCGUCUUCCCCAGAUUUUGGAGCAGUUUUUUAGCCUAAUGGACGAGAUUGGUAACGAUGAGGUUGUCGUUGCUCUCGAACACAUUAUUGACAGAUUCUCAUCAGAGAUCGGUCCGUUUUCAUUGCAGCUGGUGGCCAAGUUCGUGGAGUUCUUUGGCCAGUUCACCGCUGUUGCCGAGGAAGACGAAGAUGCCUCACUUGCUGCGGUGUCGUGCCUGGAUGCGAUUAACACAAUCCUCAUGAGCAUCCACAACCAUCCAGAGCUAUAUGCUUUGCUGGUACCUGCGCUGGCGCCGGUCAUCCAUAAGAUUCUCACAGACUUCGACUACGUCGAGUACAUGGAGAGCGGGAUUGAUAUCUUGGGCUCGCUAGCCUUCUACAGCCACAAGAUCGCGCCACAGCUUUGGGAACUCUUCCCACUCAUCUUUGUGAGCUUCAACGAUUGGGCGUCUGAUUAUCUGACGAACUUUGUCCCGGUAAUUGAUAACUUUGUGGGUCGCGACACCGACGGUUUCCUGUCGGGCUUUGUUGCUGACCCUGCCACUGGAGCGAACGUGCGUUAUCUGGAGCUGGUAUUCAACAUGGCCAAGACCGUGUUCGAGAGCAAGAGCGUGCAGGAGAUCGACCUGUGUGCUGCUUGCCGGCUGUUGUACUCGCUACUGCACAACCUGUUCGGUAAAGUGGAUGAGUGCAUUCCUCCCAUCACGCAAAUGGUGUGCACGAAGCUGGCGGAGCCGCUUGUGGACUCCACCGCGCGCAACUUGCUCGGUGUGUUCGGCAGUCUGCUGCACUAUAACCCAGCGCUCACCCUUGAUGCUCUUAAUUCCCUCGGUGCUGCUGACGGCGUUCUGAAAAUCUGGCUGAGUGACCUGUCCCGGUACGACAACCACCUGGAUCGAAAGCUUUUCGUACUGGGCGCAAUGUCGAUUCUGCGUGCGCCUGCUGACAAGAUCCCGGCUGCCCUGGGCCCUCACAUUAAGCAGCUGAUCCAGGCCGCCAUGAAGGUACUUGCCGAGUCUAUCCAGAACCCGCCUGCAGGCAUCUUGGAAGGUGGCGAGGAGGCAGAGGAGGAAGAAGGUGAGCAGCUCGAGGAGUUGCUGGAGAAUGGCGGCUACGCCUCGAAUGAAGACGCCGAGGACGUGGUGGACGACCAGUAUUACGCCAUUUUGCGUCAGCUACGUGAGGAGGCGGGCGGUCAGUUCAGCUAUGAUGAUGAGGGCGAUGAUGAUUACAUUAGCCUGCUGGACGAAGUGGACGAGGUGGAGUUUUUCCUGGGCUCGCUGCAGGGUUUUGCUCAAGCACACGGUCCCGAGUACCAGGCUUUGGGACUUGAAGCUGACAGUACGAUGCAACAGGCUUUGGUUCUUUUCCAGGCGGAGCACGUCAAGAGAAAGGAGGCCCAGGCUCAAAAGGUCCAGGAAUGA